AACAACAACAACAACAACAACAGCGAGAGGCGAAGAGAAUCGCUGCAUCACCGGGGCGGCGGCGGCAGCAGCGGCCAACAACACCAGCAAUGUCUGACACUGCAACUGACAGUGCAAGUGCAACUGCAUCCGCGACACAAGAAGAGCAUACGCCCAAGCGCGCAAAGCGUGCGCAGCAAGUGCGGUCACCAGCAACAGCAAAGGCCAAGGGGAGGGAUACGGCAGUAUCAGCGCGUCGCAGCAGCAAAGCGAAAUCGAAAGCACCAGCGCAGCAGACAACGCAUAAGGAGACGGGUGCAGCUGCAUUCACCACACCAACGAUGACAGCGGGUGCAGUAGCGAGAACCGAAGGCGGGAGGGAAGCACAGACGAGGCCGGCACGCAGGAAGGAUAGGGUGGACAAGAGCACAGAGAAAAGGAAGAGGAAAACAACCAAGGCAGCAAAGGAGGCAAGGAAGAGAAAAGAGACAAGGAAGGGCAAGGAGAAGAAAGCAAAGGAGAAAAAGGAAAGGGUCUCCCGCAAACAGCAACAACAACAACAACAACACGGGGCUGUGGCAUCUGAUUCGCGUGAACCGAGCCGUUCAUCGCAGGUGCGACGACGGCAGGAUGUGUCUCCAGCCAUGCUCACAGCGCAUGCACAGUCCAUCGAGCACAUGUUCGCGCAGGGCAGGCCCCUCACUGACAUUGUCAAGGCCUUCUGCGAGAUCACCGGCGUGUCGCGCAGUGACGCGUUUUCCGCCAUCGACCGACACUGUGGAGACUUUGCUGCCGCUAUGCGAUUCAUCAUUACGGGGGCAACAGAUGGGAUGUGGGAUCCUGUGGACGACAAGUGGCUGCUCAGCGCAAACGUCGCAGAGGUUGCCAUCGCCAAGGAGAAAUACGGGGAGGCCAUGUGCAUUCGUCGAUUCCAGUUCUUGUACCCGGACCGUGACGCGGGUGAGGCACCACCUGCUGAUGGCGACGGUGAUGGCGACGGUGAUGGCGGCGCUGCCGCUAUGCAAUCAUGAUGUGCCCUUGUCGUGUUGAGAAGUAGAGCAAGGGUUCUGUGACACCGAGCCUGUGGCGCAACAGAUGUCGCACCUGUAUGUGUGUGUAUGUGUUGCGCACGCGCGCGUGUGUGCGUGUGUGUGUGUGUGUCGCGUAUUAGAUGUGUGUUUUGAGCAUGCAUGCGCGUGGUGGUUGCUGCGUGCGGUGUGGUGGAGUGGAGUGCUGUUCAUGCUGUGCCCCCGACAAGCGGCCGUUGCAAGCUGUCUCUCUGUCGCUGCCCUGCUUCUGUUGCCCCCUCCUCAACCUCGCCUGUGCUGCGAACCGACCUGAAGCGCCAAUUCCAAGUCGCAAUAAACGUGGAUACCGUUG